AAAAAGAAAAAAGAAAAGCUGUUUGUAGAUUAAUGGCAACAGUAUAAUACAGCUGCUAAAAGCUCCAAAGUUGGAGUGGCACAGAUGCCCUAGUGAAAAAACAAUGGUGCUUCAAUUUCUUCGUUUCAUUUCCUCUUCUUCUCGUUGCCUUUCUGUUUUCCCCUUAUCUUCCUUCAAACCGCAGAAUGGAAUGGUUUGGAGAAGGAUGCUUAGUGCUUAUGCAUCUUCAGCAGAAGGUGAACUUGACGAAAUCCAAGAUGACACCAAAACAUCAGAGAAAGCCAGUGCACUGCAUUCGGCCCUCUCGCAGCUUGAAGGCGAUUUUUGCAAAGAAUCAAGGUUGUCCUUGCAGCGCUUCUUUGGUGCUAGACGUACUCCUGUAAUACCUACGGGCUCAUUGAGGCUUGAUCUAGCACUUGGGCUUGGAGGAUUACCUAAGGGAAGAAUUGUUGAAAUUUACGGACAAGAAGCAUCUGGGAAGACAACACUUGCCCUUCAUGUAAUUAGAGAGGCUCAAAAGCUUGGAGGUUAUUGUGCAUAUCUGGAUGUCGAAAAUGGAAUGAACCCCUCUCUUGCCGAAGCAAUAGGGGUAAAUGUAGAAAAUCUCCUUAUUUCGCAGCCAGAUUCUGCUGAGAAUUUGCUGAGUAUUGUCAAUACCCUGACAAAAAGUGGAUCCAUGGAUGUAAUCGUGGUUGAUAGUGUGGCAGCUCUUGUUCCCCAACUUGAGAUUGAUGCUAUGUUAUGUGACUCUCCAAAAGGCUUGCAAUCAAAGAUUAUGACACAAGCACUACGUAAAAUUCAUUAUUCGUUAGGCAACUCUAGCACACUAAUUAUUUUCAUUAAUCAGGUAAGAAGAUCGAACAAAGGAUUAGUUCGAGGCUCCGGGUGUAUGGAUGAAGUAACUUGUGGUGGAAAUGCUUUGCCUUUUUAUGCUGCCAUACGGCUUAGGACGAUCAGAAAACAAUUGCUUAAGACCAGGGAUAAGAUUACUGGUCUUGGGAUCUGCGUAAAGGUGGUUAAAAAUAAGCUAGCUCCUGCAGCAACAGAAGCUGAACUGAGCAUACAGUACGGCGGAGGCUUUUGCAUUGAACCUGAGAUUUUGGAAUUGGCUUGUGAACAUGAAGUCGUUCUGAAAGAAGGAGGGAGCUACUUCAUUGAUGGACAGGUUUUAAAUAGUAGACAGGACGCUGAAGAUUAUCUAGCUUCAAAUGGUGACAUUUUAGCUAAGAUAGUCGAAACUUUAAGAGAUCAGCUAUUCAUGAACAAUAACGGAGAAAAGAAAACUGAUUAGAUAGUCAUUUUCUGGUUUAAAUCAACACCAAGAUUUGUGUUGCCUCCUUCUGCAACACUAUCAUGCGACGUCCCUUUGAAGGAAAGCCGUCUUCAUGAAAAGAAGCAAAUGGGAGUUUAUUUCCUCAAUCAGGCAUCUGCAACCUCAAACCAAGCUACCCAAAUAGCCUGCUUAUAGACUUCCCUCUUAUACUGUUUGCGGGCACGCAUAUACUGGAGACACAAUUUCUCUUGAAGGUGGACAAUGGACAUACAAAUCUUCCAACUUUGGCCUUUGCGAGUGAUGAUUCCAGCAAAUGCUUUGUCCUUCUAGAAUUUUGUGAAUCUUCUUUCUGCCUCAUGGUCAAGUAAUUUUAUUUGGCUUCUAGACUUGAGAUCAGCAGAGUUGUGAAUGUUAUCAUUAGUUCAAAACAUACAGGAGGGCUACUUUUACUGGUAUAGAUUUUAUCGUCGUGGAUCAGACAUUUCCGACUAUCUCAUUCUCUUAUCUGGUAAUUUGAGCAUUACAGUUGAUACUUCUUGUCAAAUGUCAUUAUCUUGCCUAUUGCGUUAUGUUCCAAAAGUUUAAAAAUUUGUAGUAUGUGAUAUCUGUCAAUCUCAGUUGAGGAGAACAGUGUGCCUCACAUGUAUUAUUCUGUUACAUUGGAUAUACCAUAGACAUUUUAAGCCUGUAGAAAUGAGGAGCUUCCAAUGGAUUUUGUUUCUUAA